CUGGUGAAACUUAAACCAACUUUCACAGUUAUAUUUAUCGCUUGGCUCCAGCGUACAGAUUCCCUCCUAAUGUUGAUUGCCUAUCGUUGUCUGGAGUGUCAUAGGCGAAAACGUGGCAUUUUCACCCUAUAUAUUUCCGAAAAAUAUGUCUAAAUUUGAUCUUUUCUGGCAUAUUUGAUUGUUUUUAUAUCAAGGACAAACUAUCUUUGAUAGAUUUCAGUCACUAAAAUUAAUCUCAUUAUCCAUCAUCCUAAUAAUACCUAGUUAUGUAUGUCACGUAGUACUAGAUUGGGAAGUUUUAAUUUAUUUUAUUGUGGCAUAUUCAUUGGGCAAUGUACGUUGUACAGUAUAUUUAGUUGAAGAUGAGCAAUUAUAGAUUUAAGGUUUCCAUUUGCCUAAACACUGGUGAAAUCACAAUCUUUAAGAGUGUUUUGGCACAUUUCCUUCAGUUACUACACAUUUAUUUUGACCUGGUAGCGGCUUUUUUUCACUUAGUAGUUGCAAAUUUUGUCAUUCAGUUAACCUGCUAAUGUUGGACUUGAAAACUCAUACCAAAACCUUAAAUUUGCAACCGGUCUUUUUCCAAUUUCUGUGAUGUCAGAUUUUUAUCGCUAGCAUUCCUUUUGGUUGUCACAAGAGACCUAAGUGAUCAAUGCUCACAAAAGCUCACAUAAUAUUACCCAUAAAUUUUUGCCAUGCAAUUAUUUUGACCACAAAAAUGUCAGCGAGUACUUUCGACGUAACCAUUAGUAGAGUGAUGCACGAAUCGUCACAUAGUCAUCCGUAAUAUAACACCACGUUCAAUAAUAUCUAGUUUAAAAAGCUAGUGUGUACGUUGCUAUCAAAUCGUCUAUUAGACUCACAACCCGUGCCUCCAGUUAUCAGGUAUAUGACCUUUACCUAGACGCUAUUCCUCAUGUCAUCGUUAGUGUGUUUCUAUUAAAUUGUCAUCAACACUUCUUAAGCAAAACGAUUUAUGUUCUUCAUUGUCCCAUUGGUAAUAUGUACUAAUGUUACAGCAAUACAUGUAGCGUCAGUUAGCAUAAACCUAACAACUUGUUUGCUUCUAAGUCAAUAAUUCCACUAAUCCUGAUUUCCAAGAUAAGUGGAGGUAACGCAGUUUCUUUUCAGAAACAAACUUCACCAUACCUAACGAACUAAUUUUUUGAUUCUCAUUGUAGCAAAUAUAUUGGUCAAACUAGUGACCACAAGUUAUCACCUAAGUAAAUUCCAGACCUAUCUCCUCUUGAAGUUGGGUUGACUUUCAAUGUUAAAGCAUGUCCAUACUAAUGCCUAUUCAUGAUCCUUUCGUUAUAAAUUUGUACUAAUACUUUUAGUGAAUUAGUUUUUAUCAGGCAGCUCCUACGUCGCUUGUGUGCCAUAAGUUUUUUGUAGCUAAGAAGAUGGAUUUUUAAUUCCUUAUUUAAUGCUACCGAAGUCUACUUUUCUAGUCUUCAAUCAAAUGUAACCUUUCAAUUCUAAUUUCUAAAUAAACUUUACUUGAUAUUUCCAUACAAUAGUGUAAAAAUAGGCUACUAUUUUCCACCUCAUAACCAAUUCUUUAAGUACAUAUUAGAUGUUUCUAUUUGAAAAUCGGGCAUAAAAUUCAAUCAGUAUUAAAUCCAUUUUCGUUUGAUUCGAAACAUUAAUUUGGUAGAUGUAUAGACAAAUAAUUCAAAAACUACAUGAACCCUUGGCUCAUCUCUGUUUAGUGGCCAUCUUUACCAACGGUUGAAUAGAUAUUGGUGAUUAUGUUAAGGGACGUCUUAUAUUGGUGCUUGCUAUAAACAAAUGCUUAUCAGGACACAGAUGAAUUAAUCUUUACUCGCUCUUUUUUCUUCAGUAUCUCACAAAUAGUCUUUUAGCCUCCUUUGGUUUACUUUUCACAUGUUCAUUUGGGAACCCCUAAUUGACCUCACCACUGGUUAUGAAAGUUGCAGAUCAAUGCUUACUGUUUACAGAUCAUUAUCGUGCGGUAAUUAUUUUUAUACAAACUCAAUUUUUUAUGUAACGUUACUGAAACCGGCCACGUUAGUAUGAGUUUCUGAGGCAAAAUAAGUUGAACGCGCUUAAAUCACCAAUGUCAUGAAUUCACUCAUUUAACAAGUUCUCUGCGUUAAAUAAAUUUACGUGAUUAAUUGCAUGUAGCUUCCACAAAAUUAUAUCAGUUCUAAAAACGUAAACUGAAUACCAUUGGCUAGUUUAUGUUCCAUAUGCACGGAGUAGAAAUACUGGCUUUGAACUAUUUUCUAUUGUAUAUCUAGACUUUAAUAACCCAGAUUUACAGUCUAAUUAUUUGAGGUAGCGCAAUGGUUUAUACCAUGGGUGUUUGUUUUCUGGUUGUUAUAAUUCUCACAUUGUGUAACUGGUUAUUUUAUUUUGUUUCGCGUGUAGAUAAUUCGUCAUAUGUUCUACUGGAGUCAUUCAAAAUAGCCACUUUUCUAUAGAAUGUGCACUUUGGAGAAAAGUGAUCCGUCAGCAACAUCUGGGCAUUCCGUUGCUAUCGUAAAUUCGACGAUUUCUCGGGCUACAUUAAUGGAUCGACAAAAUAAUUUACAUUCUGUAAAGGAUGAUCCAUCUAGUCACCACUAUUUGACACACUUUAAAAACAGAAAGUCAUAUAAAAACAGACCUUCAAGUUCUAUGUACAGAUUGAAAAUCCUCAAACGUUGUGGUCGGCACUUAAAACGAUUAAUUGGACAUAAAAUUGAUGUUGACGAAACUGUUUUUGAGAAUGACGAUGAUAAUUGUUCGGUUUCAACAAAUUCUUGUCCAACUAUCACCAGACUAAAUAAUUCCUCUUCAACAUGCUGUCAUCAAUGUAGAGAAAACUGUAUUCGUAUGAAAAUUUUAAAAGAUGUACGAAAUCAGAAAAUACUAUCAAUUCAAUCGUAAGUCGUCCACAAACCAAUCGAACUUUGACUGAUUCAAUGUCAAUAAGUCAAAUGCAUUAUAUCCCUUUAAAUGAACAAAUUAAUUUACUAACAACUUUUACUGCUACUACUACUACUACCAUUGCAACACAAACUGGCGCGACUGAAUCUUAUCCUCCUAUUUUAUUGGUAAACUCACUGGGUCCUGGAUAUCCGCAAACCACAACAUGUCUAUCAACAACUUUGACCAAUACUACCUCAACAGAUCCACCUAUAUCCUCAACCUCUACUGUUAUAUUGUCCCAUAAUGAUGAGUGCAUUUCACUGAGUCAUUCAGGAGCAGUUGUCAACUGUAUAGAUGAGAACAUCGAUCCAUUAGACAGUCCUACAUCUAUUGAUUCGUCACAACAGUUUACGAAAGAUCAAAUUGAACCAUUGAACACUUUUGAAAUAGCUGCUACAGUUAGAGAUCUUCUUACAAAGCAUAAUAUUUCACAACGCCAAUUCUCUAGGCAUAUACUUAAAUUAAGUCAAGGUACAAUGAGUGAAUUAUUGUCUAAACCGAGACCAUGGUACAGAUUAACUGCACGUGGUCGAGAUUCUUAUAGACGAUUGCAAGCAUGGAUAUCGGAUCCAAAUAAUGUGAAUAGUUUAAAAAAUACUCAACGUAGACGAACCGAGACUACUCAAUCUACAUGCGAAAUUACUAGUUUAAAUAAUCAACAAUCUCUGUUAUUUCCUAACUCAAAUCCUGUACCAACACCUUGUCAAAAGGAUUUUUCUCUAACAAAAUCUAAAUCAAUCUCUCCAUUUGUCUAUCGUAAUGAUAUUGAACCGCUAAGUGUUUUAACUAGUCGACCUGAAAAGACAGAACUUAUAUAUGAUCUAGAAACUCAAAAGUCUAACGAUUCUCAUCAUUCUCAUCAUCACCACCACCAACAAACUAGUAAAGAAACACAUUACAGUCAUCGCUCUUUGAUGAAAUCUUCCGAAUCAGUUCAUCCAGAUGAAAAUAUUGGGUCUAAAGAAGAACAAGAAACUGAAAGACGCAUUAAUCAAAUUUUAUUAGCUGCUAAAGCGGCAAUGGAUUAUGAGAAACAAAUUAAAGCCAAUGGAUUAACUGAGAAAAUUAAUAGCGAUUUAUUUGACAGUACAUCAACAAUAAAACAGCACCAAUCUCCAUUGUCAGAUUGUCAAAUCGGGAUUUAUAAUGAUAACAGUCCAUCGGUAUCUGCUAUUAGUAUUAGCGAUGGUGAUUCACAAACUACUGCUACUACUACUACUACCAAUAAUAAUAAUAACAAUAAUAAUAAUAAUACCACUGUUACCACUUCUGGAAGUAUUAUCAACUCUUUUGAAUCAACUGUUGCCACUUCAUUGAUCAAUGAAAACAAUGCUGUAUAUCAUCAUUCCUCAUCUUCUCACCUAUCACCAUAUCCUAACAAUUUAUUAAGACAUGGAAUAAAUAUUAGCUCAAAUUCUUCUACAGUGUCAAAUCACAAUAGUUCUUUUAAUAAUGUCAACAAUUUAUCAUGUACUCCUACUGUAUGUUAUGGUAGCCUUCAAACUUGUCCAUCUGUAAAUGAAAUUACAAUCUGUUCAAAAUUGCCAUCUAGUCAAUUGGUAACGUCAUCAUUACCAGUAUGCUCUAAUAAUACUGUAGUUCAUGCUACGCAGCAAUCUAUGCCAAUUAUGUCAAAUGGAAUUACAGUUUCAGAUCUUUUAAAACUAUUUACUACUCAGUUGACGAAUAAUCCAAUCAAUUCAAAUAAACCAGUCAUAUUCGACUCAACACUUGAUAAUAAUAAUAAUUCUCCAUAUCCUUCAAAAGUACAAUCCACCAUCACAUUACCUUGUGCCUUAAAUACUUCAAAAAAUGUAACCAACAGUAAUCAAAAUAUUUUGUUCAAUAGUAAUCUUCCAUUAUUGGCUAACUCAUCAUCAAUCUCUUCACCUUAUUCCAUCAAUAAUACUAUUAUUAAACAAGAUGAUUGUGCACCGAUAUAUACACCACUUCGAACAACAAUAACUACUACAACACCAGUCAUAACUAAUGAAUUUCCGAUGCCUAUAUUAUCUCCAUCAAUAAUUAAAUUAAAUAAUCACCUACCGAUCCCACCUUUAGGUAUUCAACCUGUAUCAACACCAUUAUUCUCACAGACAUCUAAUUCUACUUCUACUUCUCUGUCGUCAUCACCCAUGUCCUUACAACAAACUUUAAUGCUUUUGGCGUCAGCAGCAACGGCUAGUGUUCCGUUGAAAACUCCAUCAACAUUAGCGAAUUCAGAGCAUAUUAAUAUGAAUCAAUGGAAUCAUGAAGAUUCAAACACUGCAACUAUAAAUGCUCCGGCUACUAUUACUACUAAUACUACGACCACUACUGUUCCAUUGUUAACUAAUAAUGAUACAGUUCACCAUCAUAAUCCCUAUGAAACAGCUGAUGAUAAUUUAUCUGAUUCAAGUUAUAUCAAUAACACGAUGCUUUCACUUCAAAGAGUGGUACUUCCUCCUUUGAAACAAGAAGAUAUUGAUAAGUACAGUGAAUUAUCUACUGAAGAGAUAACUCAUCGUACUCGCUCAAUUCUUUCUCAAUAUUCUAUUAGUCAAAGACUUUUUGGUGCAUAUAUACUUGGUUUAUCUCAAGGAAGUGUUUCUGAUCUAUUGGCCAGACCGAAACCGUGGAAAUUACUUACACAAAAAGGUCGUGAACCAUUUAUAAGAAUGCAGCUAUUUUUAAAUAAUCCCGACCAUAUAAUAAAAUUGUUACAAUCAUGUUCUUGUCAAAGUGGAAUUAUCCACUCAAACCACCAAUCUGAUAUAAACAUUAGUUCAAAUAUAUCUAUGCAACAGCAGUGUAUUGAUCAGACAGUACCACCACCAUCAUCAACAACAACAUUUGGAAAUGCACUAUCGAUAUUGAAUCCUUCAUUAUAUGAUUCACAAGCGAUGUAUUCUGGACAAACUAUUGAUUGUUCACUAUUUGAACCGAUUACAAGUCCAUCAGGUUCACCUACACCAAAUUCUAUACAAAAUGAAUGUUCUAAUGAAAAUGAAAUUGUGUUGCCGCUAAAUAAUAAUAAUAAUAUUAACCAAAAUUCUAGCGUUUAUCAAAGACCUUCAUCGAAGAAAGUCAUGGAAUUGGCAACAUCUUUAACCGAUCUGGAUACGACAUCUAUGUGUGGCAAAAUAAAAGAGCUUUUACAACGCCAUUCAAUACCACAACGAUUAUUCGGUGAUGUUGUAUUGGGAAUGUGUCAAGCAUCUGUUAGUGAUAUUUUAUCAAAAACACGUCCUUGGUCACAUUUAUCAAAUAAGGCAAGAAUACCAUAUGUACGUUUACAUUUAUGGUUACAAGAACCAGAUCAUUUGGAAAUGUUGAAAGCUGCUCAAGCAAAUAUCAAAACGUUUUCACGUCCUAAUAGUAAUGUAAAAAUAAUUCAAGGUCAUGAAACGUCAACUAUACAACAGCAGCAACAACAAAUAUCUGAUUUAUCCUGUGAAUAUUUACCAUCGAUUAAACCGGAAUCAUCAGAUAUAGUAACUUCUUCCGAUUUAAGAAGUAAGCAACAUUCAUCAUCGUCAAUAGCAAUAACGACAACAACAACCACAACAGCAUCUCGUAAACGUACACCUUCAUUAUCAUCAUCACCGUCGUCAUCAUUAUGCAAUCAAGAAAGUUUAAUUAAUUCACCGAUUUCUAAUAAAAAUAGUAAAUUGUUAAAAAUUGAUAAGUCACAAAUCAUAUUGUCACCUAAUAAUAAUAAUAAAAUAAAAAGUGCCACAAUUAAUAAUUCAUCACAAAUUGCACCAAUUGAUCAUUUAAAUGAAUAUGAACGUCAAAGUUUAUUUGAUAUAGCUAAAGCAGCAACAACUGUUAUGCUGUUGGCAUCAAACUCUAAUUCUUGCAGACAAAAUCAAAUUAAAUCAAAAUUAUUAACAAAUUCAAAGAAAAAAUCUAAUAAUAAUCUGUCAAAGUGUAAACGACAUCAAGUUAUCAGUAGUGGUAGUAGUCGUAGUCUUCGUCGUCGUCUUUGUAAUAUUAGUCAAUCACAACAGGAUGCAUUAAUAUCAGCUUGUAGUGAGCAUCAAUUACCUUUAUCAACAGAAACUAUGAAAUCGCUUGCUCAAGAUUUAUGUCUUCCAUAUAAAACGAUUUUAAGUUGGAUACAUAAUUAUCGAACAUAUAUUCAACAAAAUAAUCAGUCUAAACUUGGAAUUGUCUCAGAUGCUGAAAGUGAUUAUUCCAUUGAAGAAUCAAAUGAUACGUUGUACGACAAUGAUAUUACUCUUGAAAAACAACAUAAACCGUCAAUGGCGACAACAUCAACUAAUACGGCAACCACUACAGAUCACUUAACAUCGUCAUCAUCAGAUCGAUAUGCGGAUAAACAGCACUUACCACAUAAUAGACGUAAACCAAUUAAUCCUACUAGGUUAGCAAGUGCAGUGGCUGUUGCAAAUUCCCCUGGUAAAUCAAUUCAUCCUGCCACAUUAUCUAAUUCAAAUGAACACGAAAAUUCGAUUGUUCCUGUGACUUGAAAAAUUAUUCUCUCCCUUUUUUGUAGAACAUCAAAAACUAACUAUUCAACAACAAUGCAUAAAAUGUAUAUGUUUGUAUUUUCGGUGUAAUAUUUUUAAAACAUUAAUAUCAGGGUUAUUAUUAUUUGG